AUGAGCGUCGUCGGCGUUGACCUCGGAACGCUCAACACUGUCAUUGCUGUCGCAAGAAACCGCGGUGUUGACGUUAUCACCAAUGAAGUCUCCAACCGUGCGACACCCUCCCUGGUGGGAUUCGGCCCCGAGGCUCGAUACACCGGCGAAGGUGCAAAGAACCAGGAGAUCUCCAACCUCAAGAAUACUGUCUCCUCCUUGAAGCGUCUCGUCGGACGAAGCCUCUCAGACCCCGAUGUUCAGAUCGAGCAAAAUUUCGUCUCCGCUCGUCUCGUUCAAUGCAACGGUCUGGCCCUUGCCAAGGACGUAGAAGAAGAAUACACCAACGAGAAGGGGGAGAAGGCGAUCAGAAUAGUGAGAGAGCCUUUCGAGAUCCCAUACAAGACCGAGGUGGGCACCGAAGUUACUUACCGGGGCAAGAAGACGCCGUUUGCAGCCACCCAACUACUCGCUAUGUUCUUGAGCAAGAUCAAAGAGACUGCCCAUCUUGAACUGAAACUGCCUGUCUCCGACAUCGUCGUGAGCGUGCCCCCCUGGUUUACGGAUGGACAGCGCAGAAGUAUGCUUGAUGCUGCUGAGGUUGCUGGUUUGAAGAUCCUCCGAUUGAUGAACGACACCACCGCUGCAGCCCUCGGCUACGGUAUUACCAAGCUCGACCUUCCGGCAGCAGAUGAGAAGCCGCGCCGAGUCGCCUUUAUCGAUAUUGGCCACAGCAACUACUCCGCUUCUAUCGUCGAGUUUAAGAAGGGUGAGCUUGCCGUCAAGGCCACUGCCUACGAUCGCCACUUUGGUGGUCGGGAGUUCAACAUGGCUUUGGUCAGGCACUUCCAGAAGGAGUUCCUGGCCAAGCACAAGAUCGACAUCUUCACGAAUCCCAAAGCCUUGUCCCGUGUCGAGGCCGGCGCUGAGAAGCUCAAGAAGAUCCUGUCUGCCAACCAGCAGGCCCCGUUGAAUAUCGAGUCGCUCAUGAACGAUGUCGAUGUGCACGAAAUGGUCAACCGCGAACAGUUUGAGAAACUCAUUGCGCCUCUGUUGAACCGAGUCACCGUGCCUCUGGAGCAGGCCCUUGCCGAUGCCAAGCUGACUAAGGAUGAUAUAGAGUUCAUCGAACUGGUCGGUGGUAGUUCUCGGGUCCCUGCGAUCAAGGCCGAGAUCCAGGCAUUCUUCGGCAAGCCCCUGUCCUUCACCCUGAAUCAGGAUGAAGCCAUUGCCCGAGGCUCUGCCUUCAGUUGCGCCAUCCUCUCCCCCGUCUUCAAGGUCCGUGACUUUUCCGUCCAGGAUAUAGUCAACUACCCGAUCAAGUUCUCGUGGGAGAAGGACGACGAUAUUCCUGAUGAGGACACGAGUCUCACGGUCUUCAAUAAGGGCAAUGUGCUCCCUUCGACAAAGAUUCUGACAUUCUACCGCAAACAAGACUUCACAUUGACAGCUGAAUACGCUUGCGAUUCCAAGGAUCUUCCGGGCGGAACAUCCAAGACUAUUGGCAAGUUCUCUGUCAAGGGUGUCAAGGCCGGUCCCAAGUCGGAGUUUAUGAUAUGCAAGCUCAAAGCUCGAGUCAACAUCCAUGGUAUAUUGAAUGUCGAGAGCGGCUACUACGUCGAGGAUGAAGAAGUCGAAGAGGAGAUAAAGGAGGAUGGCGAGAAGAAAGACCCGGAUGCCAUGGAAACCGAUGACAAGAAGGAUGAAAGCAAGCCCAGGACCCGCAAGGUCAAGAAGCAAGUCCGGAAGGGCGACCUCGAGAUCGUUGCUGAGACCGAAUCUAUCGAUGCCAAAACUAGAACGUCUGCGACCGUUUACGAGAAGCUCAUGAUCAGCGAUGACGUGUUGGUUGCCAGAACCGAAGAUGAGAUGAACAAGCUGGAGGGACGCAUCUACGAGUUGCUGAGCAAAUUGGACGAGGAGUGGGCUCACGAUGAAGCCUUCGACCCUAGACUCUUCAACCGCGAUAACCCCGAUCCCAAGUUGGUUGUUGCCGAGAAAGAGAAGCUGGGGAAAAUACUCGAAGAUCGCAAGAACUGGCUAUUUGCAGAAGGGGGUUAUGAAAACAGACCUGAGCCCACAUUGGCGCAGUACCAGUCCUCGCUCAUCGAUAUCAAUAACAUUGGUAGAAUUCUGGAACGUCGUUACAGAGAGACGGCUGAAGAGAAGAGCAACGCCGCUAAGGGGGUACAAAAGGCGGCGGAGGUGAACAAGGACGAGGAGAUGACCGACGCCGAGGCCCCGAAACCUGAGGUCGAGGAGCCUCAAGUCGUAGGGUAA